AUGUCGCAACCCAACAAGCAACCCAACAAGCAACCUUCCAAUACCGAGCAUAAUGAUCCCAAGCUAGAGAGAUGCGCGCUGUGCAACGGCCCUAUGAACGAGCCCAUCAAUCUAGCUUGUGGCCAUCGUUUCUGCUUUCAGUGCAUCAGCUACUACCGCAAGUCAUUCAACAAUUGUCCCACCUGUACUCCGGUGGUCCACCAGAACAUGCCUGCUCCGACUCCACAACAAGCCAUUUACCCACAGAAUUUCACCAAUGCGCAAACACUUCCACAGUGGAUGCUUCCUGGAGCCUCAUGGGGUAGUCUUAGGAUCGCACAACCACCACCGCAACCUAUGUACACAGGUGACCCAAACAUACAUCUCAGCCGCGACCAGCUUCCUGUUCAGCACUUCAAUGCGGUGCCGACACCUUUCCAGUACGGCGGCAUGCACAAUGGACCGCAAGGCACUAUCACACCAGCGCAGCAGAUCUAUCCAUUCAGCUUUGCUCCCAACAUGGGUCCUGCAGCGGGAGAAGAUCAGUCAAGAGCACAGCAGCAAGGAGGUCUCGUGGCUGUUGCGCCACGCCCGCGGGGAUCUUCUUCAGAACGACCUGCACAGACUCGCUCUCAGGAGCCAGAACAACAGAUCGAUGAGGAGCAGAGCGAGCGAACAGGAUCUAUAUCGAAGUAG